CCACCAACUGAAAACGGCCGCCGAAGGCUUAUUUAUUCUUUGAUAAUAAGCGAUAUAAACACACCUGUUGAGAGAGAGAAAUUAUCUUUCAUCGCCGCUUGCGAUAACAAGGAGGUAGACAAUCUCAUUCUCGGAAGAACGGUCGGGAGGAGAGAACUCGAUUACGACCAGGCGAAACGGCGAGGAUGCACAUUGGCCGGCCAAGUGGAAUUUGAACUCUUCGGUAGACCGCAGCCACCCGGGGAGUAGGGCAUGAGAUAAUUACAUGAAAAAUAAUCGGUAGGCCAAUCCUGACAAGACGCUGAUUAUAUAGAGUCGGCGAGGCGGUCACGAAAGUGCAGACAGUCGAAGAAACGCACAGUGCUUGGCCGAGUCGCCCGUUGAGAGUGCCGAGUCGGUCUGCUGCAGAGACAGCGGUGAGAGUUCCUCCUCAUCGUCAUGAUGAUCGUCGCCAGGACUUUGCGCAAUGUUCUUGCGAAGAGUCAAAUUAAUUUGCAUACGCAAUCGCAGCUGUCCAAGCAUAAUCAAUACGUGGCUAUUGGAAGACUGGCACGCAUGCUGUCAUCUCAUCAUUUUUCCAAGAACAUCGAAUUCCUCACGCAAGACAAUCGCAUCGUACUGUCCAAGGGUGUCGUGCAGAAUGUCAAUGCAGCAAGCCACAAUCGCCCAUUGUUGAUUAUCCUUACUUGGCUGAUGUCGAAGCGACGGCACGUCAUGAAAUUCGUCAACCUGUAUAUGGAGCAAGGAUUCGAUGUAGCAUUGGUGUCUCUCACGCCCUGGCAACUUAUGUGGCCCACGAAGGGCUCCCGACUAGUUGCAGUGGAUCUGCUGUCUUUCCUAAAGCAGAAUGAAAGUUACCAACAGAUUCUGCUGCAUGGUUUUUCAGUGGGCGGUUACAUGUGGGGCGAGGUUUUGGAUAUAAUGCAAAGAGACAGAGAGAAAUACAAUGACAUCGCAGACAAGAUUAUCGGUCAGGUCUGGGACAGUAUAGUUGACGUCGGUCAAAUUCCGUUCGGCAUGCCUCGCGCUGUGUUCCCGAAGAAUAAGGUGCUACAGUCGAUGUUGCGAAAGUAUAUGGAAUACCACAUGAAAACGUUCUACAAGCAAUCGACGCAGUACUAUAUUCGGUCUAGUCAAUUAUUUCACUCGACCUUCCUGCGUGUGCCAUCGUUAUUAUUCAUAAGCAAAACCGAUCCUGUCGGUACGGCGACCAGCAAUCUGAAUCUACGGGAUAAUUGGGAAUCCUUGGGAAUUAAGACUUACGUAAAGAUAUUCGAGGAGUCGCCGCACGUCGCUCAUUUCUACACAUAUCCUAAGGAAUACGUCGCCGAACUUUACGCCUUCUUGCAAAAAUUGAAUUUGAUACAGAACGAAGAAAAGAUUAGGGCGCGCUUUUAGAAGACUUGAGGUUAGAUCUUUGUUUUUUUAUGAGCAAGCGUAUUAUAUAUUUUUAUACGAGGUUGCCAUCUUUUGGCAUUCUUUAAUAUACAGCACUUUACAAACGCUCGUAUAUAGGCAAACACAAUAGUAUGUUCAAGAGUAUAUGAGACACUUAAAUGUAAAAAUUAGUGAAUCAGGAGAGAAUUUGGAGAAAGAGAAAUGUUUUUUAAAAAAUGACAAAGAAUAAAUUAACUAUUGUAUUUUUGUAAUUUUCCAAAGAAACCAUGCAAGGAUCGAGUACAUUGUGAUAUUUAUGACAAUUUUUAAAUAUGUAUUGUGAUUAGUGCGGGAUUCGUACGUAUAAUUGAAUUCUUAUUUUCACUCUCCUUUUAUAGUGAGUUAAACAUUAGGAAAUAGAGUAACUAUUUAUUAACACGAUUUAUCUUUAGUUAUAUUGUAUAUUAACUUGAUAAAAAUAGACAUAUGUUGCAUGAUC